AAAGAGAUAUCAUUUAAAAUAACUUUGUUUAUGACCAUCAAUUCCACUUUAAAGCACACGCUAAAGCAGAAUCAGAAUCAGAAUCAGGUUUAUUAUCCAAGUGUGUUGACCCACACAAGGAAUUUGCUUCUACCUGUUGGUGACUCUCAAAAGUCCAUAGCUUCACGCCUGACAAAUGGCCACUCCAACUGAUACUUCAGUUGGAAUGUCUCACCCUGGUCCCUCCCCUGGUGCAGGCCUUUCCCCUGGGCCCAUUUUAGGCCCCAGUCCUGGUCCAGGCCCCUCUCCAGGCUCUGUCCACAGUGUGAUGGGCCCAAGCCCAGGACCUCCCAGUGUACCUCACAGCAUGCAGAGCCAGGGGUCAGGAGACUAUUCUCAGGAUGGCAUGCAUCCAAUGCACAAGUCCAUGGAAGGAAUGCAUGAGAAGGGCAUGGGAGACGAAAUGCACUAUGGGCAGAUCAAAGGUGUUGGGAUGAGAUCCCUGCACAGUGGCAUGGGCCCACCACAGAGUCCAAUGGAUCAGCACAGCCAAGGAUACAUGUCGCCUCAUCCUUCCCCAAUGGGCUCUGUACCUGAGCAUGUAUCCAGCCCCAUGUCUGGAGGGGGUCCUACACCACCACAGAUGUCUCAGGCUCAAUCAGGCCCAAUGAUGCCAAUGGAGCCUCAGGCAAUGGGGCAGCAGGGUCGUAGCCACUCAACCUUCAGCCCCAUUCAAUUGCAGCAGCUCCGCGCUCAGAUUCUGGCUUACAAGAUCUUGGGCCGGGGACAGCCCCUGCCUGAUAACCUGCAACUGGCUGUGCAGGGUAAGAGGGGCCUUCCCACAAUGCAGCAGCAGCAGCAGCAGCAGCAGCAGCCUGUUAACACUGGACCUUACAACAGGCCUCCAGGUAUGUCUGUACCCCACGGAAGCCCUGCAUCUGGCCCAUGUUCCACUGCAGGCAUGCAGACACAUGCUCCAAGUACCGGGCCAAAACCAUGGGCAGAAGGUCAAGGCACUGAAGCCUGUAGCAGCUCCCAGAAGCUCCCUGUGCCAGCCCCUAGUGGCAGGCCCUCUCCUGUUCCUCCUCAGGCUCCCACAGCCACCCAGGCCAUGCCCAGUACAUCUAUCACACCACAGUCCCAAUCUCAACCCCAGGCCCAGCAGCCCCAGCAGCAACAAGGCCCUGGACAGACCUCGCUAAUGAUCCAGCUGCAGCAGAAGCAGAACCGCAUCACACCCAUUCAAAAGCCGCAGGGCCUGGACCCAGUGGAGCUUCUACAAGAACGAGAGUACAGGCUGCAGGCCAGGAUUGCCCACAGAAUUCAAGAGCUGGAAAAUUUGCCUGGUUCUUUGCCUCCUGACCUGAGAACUAAAGCAACAGUCGAGCUGAAGGCCUUAAGGCUUCUUAAUUUUCAACGUCAGCUGCGGCAGGACGUUGUGGCUUGUAUGCGCAAAGAUACCACUUUGGAGACGGCAUUGAAUUCCAAGGCCUACAAGCGCAGUAAGAGGCAGACACUUAGGGAGGCACGCAUGACAGAGAAGCUGGAAAAGCAGCAGAAAAUUGAACAGGAGAGAAAACGCCGCCAGAAACAUCAGGAAUACCUCAACAGCAUCCUCCAGCAUGCUAAAGACUUCAAGGAGUAUCACCGUUCAAUCUCUGCAAAGAUUCAGAAGUUGUCCAAGGCUGUGGCCACAUGGCAUGCCAACACAGAGAGGGAGCAGAAGAAGGAGACCGAGAGAAUUGAGAAAGAGAGAAUGAGAAGGCUGAUGGCAGAGGAUGAAGAGGGCUACAGAAAGCUGAUUGACCAGAAGAAGGACAAGCGUCUAGCUUACCUGCUCCAGCAAACCGACGAGUAUGUGGCCAACCUCACUACCCUGGUCUAUGAACACAAGGCUGCCCAGGCUGCCAAGGAAAAAAAGAAGAGGAAGAAGAAGAAGAAGAAGGAAGAUGGAGAUACUGAAGGGCUUGGAGCAAUCGGACCUGAUGGGGAGCCCAUUGAUGAGAGCAGUCAGAUGAGUGAACUCCCAGUCAAAGUCAUUCAGACAGAGACGGGGAAGGUGCUACAGGGCACCGAUGCUCCCAAGUCUAGCCAACUGGAGGCCUGGCUUGAGAUGAAUCCUGGCUAUGAAGUGGCGCCAAGGUCAGACAGUGAAGAGAGCGGUUCAGAGUUUGAAGAGGAGGAUGAAGAAGAAGUGGUCUCUCGGGCAGAAACAGAAGAAAAGAAAACUUUUGAUCCCAAUAGCGAUGAGGUGUCUGAACGAGCAGCAAAACACAUCAUAGAGUCGGCCAAGCAAGAUGUGGAUGAUGAGUAUAGUGUUGAUGCUGGACAGACCAGCUUGCAGUCUUACUAUGGAGUAGCCCAUGCGGUCAUUGAGAAGGUGGAGAAGCAGUCAUCCUUACUGAUCAACGGGACACUCAAGCAAUACCAGAUCCAGGGGCUGGAGUGGAUGGUGUCCCUGUACAACAAUAAUCUAAAUGGCAUUUUGGCAGAUGAGAUGGGGCUGGGGAAGACCAUCCAAACCAUUGCGCUCAUCACAUACCUAAUGGAAUACAAGAGACUUAAUGGUCCAUAUCUGAUCAUCGUGCCAUUGUCGACUUUGUCCAACUGGGUUUAUGAACUUGACAAGUGGGCUCCAUCCAUUGUGAAAAUAGCUUACAAGGGCAUGCCAUCGAUGAGAAGGUCAUUAGUGCCUCAACUUCGUAGCGGGAAGUUCAACGUCCUCAUAACCACAUAUGAGUACAUUAUCAAGGACAAACAGAUUCUAGCUAAGAUCCGCUGGAAGUACAUGAUCGUGGAUGAAGGGCAUCGUAUGAAGAACCACCACUGCAAGCUUACACAGGUGUUGAACACACAUUACGUUGCCCCACGCAGGCUUUUGCUGACCGGUACUCCUCUGCAGAACAAACUGCCUGAGCUUUGGGCUCUGCUCAACUUUCUCCUUCCCACAAUCUUUAAAAGUUGCAGCACCUUCGAGCAGUGGUUCAACGCUCCAUUUGCAAUGACUGGGGAAAGGGUGGAUCUAAAUGAAGAGGAGACCAUCCUGAUCAUCCGCCGUCUUCACAAAGUGCUGCGCCCAUUCUUGCUUCGUAGACUAAAGAAGGAAGUUGAGUCUCAGCUGCCUGAAAAGGUGGAGUAUGUGAUCAAAUGUGACAUGUCAGCUAUCCAGAAAGUUCUAUACAGGCACAUGCAAGCCAAAGGCAUUUUGCUUACAGAUGGCUCAGAGAAAGACAAGAAGGGUAAAGGAGGGGCAAAGACUCUGAUGAACACCAUCAUGCAGCUGAAGAAGAUUUGCAACCACCCUUAUAUGUUCCAGCACAUUGAGGAAUCUUUUGCAGAGCACUUAGGCUUCCCAAAUGGCAUCAUCAAUGGUCCUGAUCUGUAUCGUGCUUCGGGAAAAUUUGAGCUGCUGGACCGCAUCCUGCCUAAGCUGCAGGUCACGAAUCACAGAGUGUUGCUCUUUUGUCAGAUGACUUCCCUAAUGACCAUCAUGGAGGACUACUUUUCCUACCGCAACUUCCUCUACCUACGUCUAGACGGAACAACCAAGUCCGAAGAUCGUGCUGCACUGCUGAAGAAGUUUAAUGAUGAGGGAUCUCAGUAUUUCAUCUUUCUGCUGAGCACCAGGGCAGGGGGUUUGGGCCUCAACCUGCAGGCUGCUGACACUGUUGUCAUCUUUGAUAGUGACUGGAAUCCCCACCAGGAUUUGCAGGCUCAGGACCGUGCUCACCGAAUUGGACAGCAGAACGAGGUGCGCGUGCUGCGUCUCUGCACCGUCAACAGCGUAGAAGAGAAGAUCCUCGCUGCUGCAAAAUAUAAACUUAACGUUGAUCAGAAGGUCAUCCAGGCCGGCAUGUUUGACCAGAAAUCCUCUGGUCACGAGCGCAGGGUUUUCCUGCAGGCCAUCUUGGAACACGAGGAGCAGAAUGAGACAGUAAUCAACUCUCAGGACCAAUCCAAGGACCCUGGAGCUUGGACUGUACCUGCUCCACUGCUUUUACAGGAGGAAGAUGAAGUUCCAGAUGAUGAAACGCUAAAUCAAAUGAUUGCCCGUAAUGAGGAUGAAUUUGAGCUUUUCAUGCGCAUGGACCUGGAUCGCCGUCGCGAAGAUGCGCGUAACCCUAAGCGUAAGCCUCGUCUAAUGGAGGAGGACGAGCUACCGUCUUGGAUAAUUAAAGACGAUGCUGAGGUGGAGCGGCUCACCUGCGAGGAAGAGAAAGAGAAGAUGUUCCCUCGUGGAUCACGUCACCGCAGGGACGUGGAUUACAGCGACACGCUGACUGAGAAACAGUGGCUGAGAGCCAUUGAAGAUGGCAACCUGGAGGAGAUGGAAGAGGAGAUCCGUCUGAAGAAGCGCAAGCGCAGGAGACACGUAGACAAAGGCAGCCGACGUGAGGACAGCGACAAGGCGAAAAAGAGGAGGGGAAGACCUCCGGCCGAAAAGCUCUCUCCCAACCCCCCCAAACUCACCAAACAGAUGAGCGCCAUCAUUGACACUGUCAUCAACUACAGAGAUGGAUCAGGCCGUCAGCUCAGUGAGGUGUUUGUACAACUGCCUUCCAGGAAAGAGCUCCCAGAGUACUACGAACUGAUAAGGAAACCAGUGGACUUCAAGAAGAUCAAGGACAGAGUGCGCAACCAUAAGUACAGGAGCCUGGGAGAUUUGGAAAAAGACGUAAUGCUCCUCUGCCACAAUGCUCAAACCUACAAUCUAGAAGGCUCUCAGAUCUUCGAGGACUCCAUAGUCCUGCAGUCUGUAUUUAGGAGUGCUAGGCAGAAGAUUGCCAAAGAGGAGAGUGAGGAUGACAGCAAUGAGGAAGACGAUGAGGAUGAGUCCGAUGCUGAGUCUAAGUCAGUGAAGUUAAAGAUCAAGCUGAGCAAGCGGGAAGAGCGCAGCCAAGAAAGGGGGAAGAAGCGGCCGAGCCGGGUCAAGGCCAAGCCUGUGGUCAGUGACGACGACAGUGAUGAUGAUCAGGAAGAGAAUGAGCAGUCCGAUGGCAGCCGCACAGAAGACGAGUGACCACAGACCUGUCUCUUCCUUUCUGUCAUAUGUUUCGUCUUGUUUUUGGGUCCAUUGCCAUCAUACCUACUCAUGUACCUUCCAAAGUCCUUGAAAACAAUGCGACGUUUAGAUCUGGAUUGCUCUCGGUUCAUUUGACAGUUUUGGAACAUGUCUGUUUUAUUUGUCUUUCAUUUGGCUUCACCAUAAGCAGCGUGACGAUGAAACUGACCCUAUGCGCUUGUACAUGUUCUACCCAUCUAUAAAUGUUUUUAGCACAGAAAAAAACACGUUCUACAGAAAUCUCUGCUUAGAUUGUUGCGAUAUAAAUAGCAGUUCUCCUGCUUAAAAUUUACAUAUAAAAUAUCUAAGAUUUUUAUCGAAAUGAUUUUAUCAAGUAAACGGCACACUUGUGUCAAAUAAAUAUCUUUGAAUUUCAUAUACUCUAACAUUUUUACCAGAUGAGCUCAUGGCCUUAAACUGAAUAAACUCAUAUAAUGUAGGUGCAUUCAGUAGAGAUGUUUAAACGUGGAAAGAAUUUGACUAUGAUUUGGCCCACAGAUAAACCUGUUGCAGUUUUAGUAGACACUUGAACAGAAUUAUCUUAUACGUGACACUUCACUCUUGCUUCUGAUGAUCAUGAUAGCAGAUUAAUAGCAGCCGUCACAGCUCUAGAUAUUUUUAUAUUAUCUUUUUCAUAGAUUUUAACUUUUGUUAAAAUUCUGGAUAUUACAAAAGUACAUUGUGUAUUGCUAUGAGCUUGCAUUGACCAGUAUUAGUGUCUGCUUUAUCUGUCCUGAUGUUUGUCCUUUUGUCCAGCAAUCUCUUCUGUGUAUCUUUAUAUAUUUUUGCUUUAUGCAUGUCACCUUUUCUGAAGUGUCAUAAUCAUUGCUUUCUUUGCACAGUGUCUUUGUGGUUGUAUCACAUACCCCAAAGCAAAUAAAUGUCACUGAUUUUGAA